CUUUGUCACAUCUAUCCAAGACCUUUCAAUCGAGGUGUGUGGUUAUUGUUGCUCACAGGCAAGCCUUAAUUAGAGGCUAUCUCAUGGUAGGAGACAUCACAGCAGAAACUUUCUCUCAGCGACCCAUUCCUCUACUCUGAAGGAUGUAAUGGUAUGGACAGCUCCGGUACAACAUACGAGAGUGGAGUUUCUGAAGGGGGUACGCUUUUUUGACUCUGCGUGUACACAAAUCUCACCAGAGCACACAGAAUAUGAACCGCUCCUCAUGCCUUCUCAACGGCGCUUUGUCCUUUUCCCCAUACAGUAUCAUGAUAUCUGGAACAUGUACAAGAAAGCGGAGGCAUCUUUUUGGACUGCCGAAGAAAUGGAUCUUUCGACAGACAUCGUGCAUUGGAAUAUCCGACUAACUGCAAAUGAACGCCACUUCAUCUCACAUAUUUUAGCUUUUUUUGCUGCGUCCGAUGGCAUAGUUAACGAGAAUUUGGUUGAACGUUUUUCCAACGAAGUCCAAAUCCCAGAAGCUCGAUGCUUUUAUGGUUUUCAAAUCAUGAUCGAAAAUGUUCACGCCGAGACCUAUUCGCUCCUCAUCGACACACUCAUCAAGGAUGUCAAUGAGCGCCAGUAUCUUUUUGAUGCUAUAGAGACCAUACCGGCCGUCAAGCGAAAGGCGGACUGGGCAUUACGAUGGAUAUCUGACAAGGAGGCGACAUUUGCUACUCGGCUAGUCGCCUUUGCUGCAGUUGAGGGUAUCUUCUUUUCCGGCUCGUUUGCAUCAAUAUUCUGGCUCAAAAAGCGUGGAUUAAUGCCCGGGCUCACAUUCUCUAAUGAACUCAUCAGUCGUGACGAGGGGAUGCACACCGACUUCGCUUGUCUUUUAUUUACCCAUCUCAAGCGAAGACCGCAUCCGGAUGUUAUACAAAAAAUCAUUACAGAAAGUGUCCAUAUCGAACAAGAGUUUUUAGCAGAUGCUCUUCCGGUUAGCCUGAUUGGCAUGAACGCAACCAUGAUGUGCCAGUAUAUCGAGUUUGUCGCCGACCGUCUUCUAGUGUCGUUGGGGAAUGACAAGUUCUACAACUCCACCAAUCCUUUUGAUUUUAUGGACAUGAUUUCUAUGCAGGGAAAGACAAAUUUCUUCGAGAGACGCGUGUCUGACUAUGCGAAGGCACAUAUCAGACAAUCGCAUACUUCGGCGUCUUCAAGGCUGUUGUAAGUUUCCCACUGUGUUAUUCUAGAACACAUGUCUCACUCGACAAUCUAGUUCUCUUGACGAGGAUUUCUGAGCUUCCGUUCCCUUUUUAUCGCGAUUUCAAUUAAUAAUAUAGACUCAUGCCCAGUUCAAUCACGUACCUAAUAUCCUAUUCUACAACCACCAUAUGGCUGUCUGUGCUUGUAACUCCCUACUUAAUCUUUAGCAUUUUACGCAGCUUACGAUCAUAUGUUUAUAUAUAUAGGAGUUUCUUUCGUCGAUGGUCUACGUAAGAGCUCUCGACGAAUAUGUUACAUACACUCAAUAGGUUUGACCCAGGAGGCGAAAUCACGUGAUUG